AUGCCGCAGCCCAGCGGGAGUGCAAGUAGUAACAAGAAUAAGAGCAUCAAUGGUGAUAAGAGUGGUGCCAUAGAGGGCUCCAAGGGGGCCAGUGGUAGCAAUGGUAACAGUGGGGACAUCGGGGCCAAGAAUGGCGAGCCGACGUCUGCGGAUGUUGUCGGAGGCCCGCGGUUCAGACAUCGGAAGAUCAGCGUCAAACAACGGUUAAGAAUCUACAAGCCUAAUGACCUGAAGAAUUUAGACCAGGAGGAACUGCAGCAACGGGUUGCAGCGGACAUCGAAACGGGUGUGGAGAAGAACGAGGAGAAAGAGGUCCAUUUGCAUAGGAUUUUGCAGAAGAGCAGCGGCCAGUUGAGCAUCCAAAAGAAGGACUACAUUCCAACACCCGAUGCGUCAGAAACGUGGAAAGAGUUCGGUCAGUUCUAUCAGGGCAACUUCGACGAGCCAGCCAGUUACAUCAAGUUUUCAGCUACAGUGGAGGACUGCUGCGGGUCGUCUUACAUCAUGGAUGAAGUUGACGAUACGUUUUUAUCUGAGCAGAUAAAUAAUAAAAAACAGCCUUUGUUAUCGGAAGAUGAGUUCGAGCUUCUGUGCUCUUCGUUCGAGAGCGCAAUCCAUGAAAGACAACCUUUUUUGAGCACAGAUCCACAGAGUAUUUUGUCGCUUGAUGAGCUGAAGCCUACUAUUAUCAAGUCAGACUCCAAUCAUCAGAGUUUGAAAAUUAGUCUCGCUAAAGAUAUUGGAUUUUCUGCGGAGAAACCUAUAGUAACAGAGUUCGAUGCAGAAUCUCAAUCUAAAGUAAGGUCUUUAACUUUCCUUCUGGAGAAGUUUGGUGACCAGUUGUAUGAGCAUUGGAAAUCAAGAAAAAUUGAAAGUUCUCACACAGAAAUUUUCCCAAAGCUAAAAUUUGAAAGACCCGAUGAGAAGGAAGAAGUAGAUCCAUACGUUUGUUUUAGAAGGCGUGAUGUGAGACAACCAAGAAAGACAAGAAGAAUAGAUAUUCUGAACAGUCAUAAAUUAAGAGCUCUCCAUGAAGAACUGGAACAUGCACAAAAAUUGGCACUGUUAGUUGCCAAGAGAGAGCAGGUGUCGCUGAACCUUCUGGAGAAGGAGUUACAAGUUUUUGAUGAGAGAGGGGAAUUCAAAAAAUUGAAAAGGGCUCUUUCCAUAAAAGAGGAUGAUGAACUGUUGAUUAAUCCCAAGAGCAGAAGAUUGAAUAUCUUUGCCAACCAAAAGAAGCAACAGCAACAACAAGCAGCUGCCGAUGCAGCAGCUGUUGAAGCUGCGAUCACGUCUGAUUCAUCUAUGAAGAAAGGCGCUAGGAAUAAGGCUAAUAAAAAAGACAUAGACCAAUGCAGUAAAUCUCACCAAAAACUCAACAAGCAACAGCAGCUACAAAGUCAAAAGAACGCCAUAGAAAACUCAGGCUCAGCUGUUGAUAAUAAGCAAAUUGCAUUACCUGCUGCUAAUUCGACAGGACAGCAGGGUCCGCAACCUCAAAUGGUUGCUUCGCAUGUCUAUGUUCGUUUGCCAUCUUCCAAAGUUCCUGAUAUCGUAUUAGAAGAAGUUGAAGAUCUGUUAUCAGAUAAAGAGAAAAAUGCAAGGAAAUUUGUUCUUGAUAAAAUGGAUAAAAGAAAGCUGGAGGAUGGUGAUAUCUUUUUCAAUAUAACAGAUGAUCCUUAUAACCCAGUUUUUGAUUUAGUCUUACCCAACGAUGUUAUACCAUCUACCGCACCAUUCUCAUCUAUUGCGUCUUCAAGAUUUGAAGUGGAUAGAUCUUAUUAUUCUCCGAAUUUAUCUGAUUAUAUGAAUGGCACAACAGAUAAUAUCAGAGCAUAUACUAGGACGGGGGACAAAUUACCUGAUAAAAAUUGUAAGGUGAAAAAAAUUGAACUUUAUGAUCCAUUCCAAAAUCACAAUGAAAUUCACUCUAGAGAAUAUCCUGUGAAAUUUAGGAGAAGAUUUGGUCGUCAUGGAAUUGAAUACAUUGAUCGUAAGCCAAAUCAAUUCGAUGCGAACGUUGAGGCCACUUUGGGAGACUUUCUAAAUUUUGAUGAAAUUGAAAGGCAAGAAAAACAUGCUACUUCGGCAAUCAAUGUUUAUGAAUCCAAGUGGGAUGAACUUUCAAGACUUUAUGAUAAGUGGAAACAUGACUCUCCUAGAAAUGAUUAUGGAUUGAAAGUAUCUGAGGAACCUGCCAGAUUGAAUCAAAUUUCAAAUGAGACUCAGGUAAUAAGAUUUGGUACUAUGCUUGGUAGUAAAUCUUAUGAACAGUUGCGCGAAGUUACUAUUAAGUAUCGUCAAGAGUACAUUUCUCGUAUUAAACAGCAAAAGAUUAAUAAUCAAAAACAAUUGUUGUUACAACAACAGCUGCAACAACAAUUGCAGCAACAGCAGCAACAGCAACAACAACAGCAAAGUAGUGGAAAGAAUAUAAAUAAUGGGACACUUUCACGAACACCAUCUAUAAUUGCCUCACCAGCGGCAUCGAAUAAGAUGAAUGACACUUCAGGUUCAAGUGACAAUAAUGAGGCGAACUUGUUUGCUGCCAAUCACAAAUCAUCUAACUCAUCUCAAACUGCAUGA